CGGUUACCGUAGGAAUAUUCGAAUUCGAAUAUUUCACUCAUUUCUAAAUAUAAAUAAAUAAUUUGUGUUAAGUUAGCAAUACUCAUUGUAGAUAAAAGAAAUUCCACAGUGCUACAGCAGGCAUGCCUCUGUGAACCUAUGGCCGGUCGGAGGUUAGAGUUUAUCAUCUGAACAUUAGUCGUUGUAUUAUCUACAGGGUGCUCAUGAUUACUUAGUCGGUCGACAGUUAAUGUCUAACGCUCGACGUGUGCGGUCGUGUCCAGAGUGAUUGUGAUAUAAAAAUAGGCUCGUCAAGACUAAGUGUUAAUGGGACUGGUGAUGUGAUUACCAUGGAUACGAUGCUAAACGUUUGGACGCUGGUGGAACAGGUCCGUGUGGCCGGAGCUGCCGAGCUAGCCAUCUUCACUGCCAUACUUUACUGGUUCUUUACUUCGAGUCGUGUAGCUGAUAUGUUGGAGGUUGUUGGGGAGAGAGUUGGAGGCUGGUGUGGUCGGGAUCCGGGCUCGCUAAGGCAAGCUGUCCGCCGCAAGCGACACAAUGACGUGUACUCUAAAAUUGAUGCUGAAUUUACUUCACGGACUUCGUCGCUGUACAGGCUGAAGGAAGAGAUCCAAGUACCACCUCCUCAACCAGAGGUCCGACCACCAGCUGGGCUUGCGUGCUCAAGAUGUGCACCCCUAUCUAGGGAUUCAUGGAAAGAUCCAAGGUCCGAGGAGGCUGGCAACGUCAUCAACAUCCUCAACAUCGGCAGACAGACGUUUGCCAACGGCGGUGUGGUCUCCCGAUACCUCUGCGACCUCGCCCAAUGUGUCCAUCUCAUUAACUACGACUAUAAGGACGUACUUCCCAACGUAUCGAAAGACAAGCGUUUCAUUCGUGCCAUAGAAGACACCACUCGGGAAGAGCUGAAGACAAAAGCGAGUGGCACUAGCGAGGCUUACGAUGACACAAAAAAGAAAGUCGAAUCUCGCGCUAUGAAAGUAUUAAGAGAUAUAUCCUCGGCUAUGUCUAAUAAUAUACUAAAGUUAGUGGCGUGGUUGUGUCACAAGGCUAUCCGUCGUAUCGCCCGAGGCGGUUGCGGCACGCGCGCGUCCUGCGUGCACCGUCUCCGCCGCGCCAAGGCCGCCGGUCUACCCUUAGUAUUCGUGCCGCUCCAUCGAUCUCACUUCGACUACGUCCUCGUGACGUUUACGCUCUACCUGACCGGGUUAAGGCCGCCCCUGGUGGCUGCCGGGGACAAUAUGCGGAUACCGUUCUUUGGUUGGUUCCUCCGUGCGUGCGGCGCUUUCUUCAUCCGUAGAAGAGUCGACGGCUCGGAGUAUCACGGCGAUCCUCUGUACAAAACUGCUUUGAGAGCGUACAUACUCAAUAGUCUAGCCGCUAACAACAAUCUGGAGUUCUUCAUCGAGGGCGGGAGAACGAGGACUGGGAAGCCACAGCUGCCUAAAGCGGGUAUUUUAUCGGUGAUAAUGGACGCGUACCUGGACGGCACCAUCGACGACGCGCUCCUGGUGCCGGUCACCCUCAACUAUGAUAAGCUGGUGGAUGGGAACUUCGUGAGGGAACAGCUCGGGAUGCCGAAGCAGAUGGAGACGUUCUGGUCGGCGCUGCGAGGAAUAUGGAUGACGCUGAACACCAACCAUGGCAGCAUACGAGUGGACUUCAACCAGCCUAUAUCCCUGAAGGAGCUGGUAACAUCAUUCCAAAGGUAUAAUUAUCUUAAGGCCCCGAUUGAAGCGCCCUUGAAGUCUAGCGACAACCUGGCCGAGAAUCUAGACCGCCAGAUCCUGUACAACCACAGUCACAGCAGUCUAUACGGAAAUGACGUCAGCACGGACCACAAGAUGAUGGUAGAGGCCAUCGGCAGACAUCUCGUCUAUGAUGCUGCUCAAUCGACGGCCCUGAUGUGCACCAACGUUGUAUCCUACGUGCUGCUGACGGAGCAGAGGCAGGGGUGCUCCAUCAGCGGGCUGCAGGAGAGCGUGCGGGCCAGGGGUGCAGCACUGCGGGCCGCGGGCCGGGACCUCGGGUAUAGCGGGGAGACUAGACACGUGGUGGCGCGAGCGUUGGAGACCCUCGGUACUUCACUGGUCCGCUGCGAGGGAUCCGGGGCGAAGCGUGUCGUCAAACCUCAGAGCUCUGUGGCAGCGUCCUUAGAGCUCUCAUACUACGCCAACGCGGUUGUCGCCCACUACGCCGCUUCAGCUAUCGUGGCGACGGCCCUCGAGAGUAUAAUACGCAAGGAAGGCGAGGAUCUGCCGAUCAGACAUUCCGAGCUGAUGGAGGCCGCCCUGGAGCUGAGCGAGAUACUCAGCCAGGAGUUCAUACUGUGUGCGCCCUGCAAGAGGAUCGAGGAGAGACUCGACGAGGCGGUGCAGGAACUGUUACAGGCGGAUGUCCUCAUUAAUAUGGAGAAACCGGAUGUGCUUGAAGAAGAACGUUGGGCGCGAAGGUUCGCUAAGACCUUGGAGGAUGAAGACGAUGCAUCACACCACAGCGCGGACAUUAAAUACACCGUCGGGAACACGAAGCAAGCUGUGGCUGAACGUGCUCGUCUCCUUCGCACGAUCCGUCCAUUGUUGGAGGCUUACUCGACAGCGUGUCGUUGUGUGUGUGAGUCGCCCGUCAACGAGCUAGUGAAGACAGCGCUCGACAGCCUCCUCGAGGCGACCAGCCAGGGAAAGUUGAUAUACGGCGAGGCUGUGUCUACAGACGCUAUACGGAAUUGUCUCAAACUACUGCGCCAGUGGGGAGUCAUAGAGAUGUACACAGAUAGUCGCGUGAGAAAAAUAAAAAUAUGUCCACCGUACACGAACAAAGACAAUCUGGAUAAUGUGUGUGCCAAUGUGUACAAGUUUAAUAUGGACACGCCUUUAGUUUAGUGUGAGUGAAGUGAAGUGACAGUGACUGUUCGUGCGGGCACAUUGAACCGGUCAUACGUUAUAUUUUUUGAGCGUUUUGAUUCAUUUAAUUGAUCGCUCCACAUUUUUAUUGAUGUUUCUCUGACAAGGUGUGUGAAUUUAAUGUGUGACGUCAUCAAACGCUGCAACUUUGAUAAUGUACAUGAAUUUACUUAAUCGGAACACAGGAUUUUGUACAAUAUUUCACACAACAAAUUUGCAGGCUUUACGCUGGGGAUUUUAAGGAUUAUCUAUACCUAUGCAUUUAUUGUGUCAGAAAUAAUUAAAAUCUUUCUAUGUAUGCCAUUUUGUGUUGGCUGAGUCAAUUAUUACAUUGGCUCGGAUGUUUAUCAUAACUGGUUCACAACUAAAGAUAAUAUAUAUACAAAUAUAUUAUAUGAAAAACUAAAAGUAUGUAAGUUGUAAUUAAAUAUGUUACAUUUAUUUUUCAUUAUCAAAAGAAAUACAUUUCUAUAUAAGCUUUAUGAUCAAAGUGUUUAAGUUCAUUAUUCAAUGUGCCCUAGAUGUCGCCUGGCUGUGUUAUGUAUAUAAUAAUCCAGUGAUAUUGUUUGGCAGAUUUGUGAUGUAGUUUAAGUUUAUCUUUUAUAUAAACUACCUUAUGUAAAGAUAGGUAAAUAAAACCGAUUAAAUAGUUGUUAUCACAGAACGUGUCUCGAGCUCGAGAUACAUGAACCUAAUUGUUGUAUAUAAUGCGGUUAUUAGUAGUUCAUAUACUAUUUAGAUUAUAGGUAUGGGAUAAAUUUUGACAAAUAGUUAUAAUUUUUAUAUCGUAUUUCCUGUAGUUCGUUAAUUGAUAGUCAUUUGAGCAACUUUUUUUUUUAAUGUAUGUAUAUAUUUAUUCAAUGAACGUUGAAAGUUUCGUGACGAAGCUGUUGACUUUGUGACGCGGUGUAACAUAAAGAGAUAUAAUGUA